UACUGUUAUGCUAACGUUAGCUUGCUCUGCAUGGCAUAUAGCGACGUGUUAACCUUACUGUUAUGCUAACGUUAGCUUGCUCUGCAUGGCAUAUAGCAACGUGUUAACGUUACUGUUAUGCUAACGUUAGCUUGCUCUGCAUGGCAUAUAGCGACGUGUUAACCUUACUGUUAUGCUAACGUUAGCUUGCUCUGCAUGGCAUAUAGCGACGUGUUUACCUUACUGUUAUGCUAACGUUAGCUUGCUCUGCAUGGCAUAUAGCAACGUGUUAACCUUACUGUUAUGCUAACGUUAGCUUGCUCUGCAUGGCAUAUAGCGACGUGUUUACCUUACUGUUAUGCUAUCGUAAGCCAAAGAUACUGCUGGUAGAACUAGCUAAUAGCUAGCUAGAUAGUCAUCAUCUUUCCUACGGUGUCGGCCGUGGUUUAGAUAGAAGACAGAGAGAGAGGUGCAGGAAGUGAGCCCUCCUAUAGCGGUGCUUCUUUGUUGCCAUGGCCUCUGAGCUGCAGGAUGCGAUCUGGAUGGCUAAACAGGAGCGUCACAAGAACCUGUUCCUCAACUACAGGAACCUGAACCACUUCCCUGUAGAGCUGCUGAAGGAUGAAGGUCUACAGUUCCUACAGAGGCUCUACAUGAAGAGGAACUCUCUCACCACGCUGCCGGAUAAUCUUGCACAGAAGCUCCCCAACUUAAUAGAGCUGUAUCUGCAUUCCAACAAUAUAACCAGCGUUCCCCAAGCUAUAGGUAACCUGACCCGGCUGCAGUCUUUAGACCUGAGUGACAACGCUCUGCAAGUCAUCUGUCCAGAGAUCGGCAGGCUGAGGUCCCUACGACACCUGAGACUGGCCAACAACCAGCUGAAAUACCUGCCUCCAGAGAUUGGAGCCCUCUGUGACCUAGAGACCCUGGAUGUCAGUAGAAAUGUGUUGGUGUGUCUUCCAGAGCGGCUGCACCAGUGUCUGUCUCUCCAGUGUCUCACUGCUGACAGGAACAACCUGACCAGCUUCCCCAGACAGCUCUGCCAGCUCCGCAGCCUCAACGAGCUCAGUAUGGCUGCUAACCAACUCACCUCUCUACCCCUAGAUCUGGGGUGUUCCAGGGAGCUGCAGUUUGUGUUUGUUGACAAUAACGUUCACCUAAAAGGCCUUCCUUCAUACCUGUACAACAAGGUGAUUGGCUGCAGCGGGUGUGGUCUGCCAGGGCAGGUGUCUGACCAGGCGCCCCAGCCUCUGUCUCUGUCUCUGGGAGAUGUGUCUGUUCCUCUGCCUGCUGAGGUGAAGGCUAUAGGCUCAGAGACGGAGCGAGUGGGCCCCCUGGAGGAGCUCGCCAUGAGGGCCCUGCACAGCAUGUACCGGCGACAGCCACUCAGAGAGCUGAAUCUGCUGUCGCCCUUCCUGUUACCCAGAAGCCUUCUGGACCUGCUGCAAUGCCCCCUGGGACAUUGUCACCGCUGCAGUCAGCCAAUGUUUACCAUCAUCUACCCCAAACUGUUCCCCCUCAGAGAGACCGCCCUGGCUGGGGUACACCGCAGAACCACAGUGAGUUUCGUGGCCUACUGCUGUUCCAGUCGGUGUGUUCGGACAUUUCAGCUGCAACAAUGACAUCAUGGUGCCUCCU